AUGAAAUACCGUACUAGUGCUUCAAUACAUCUUUUGGCGCUGAUUAGUUUUGUCCUCAGUCUCUGGUGUAACGCUGUUUGGCUUCUUCCUCCUAGAGCAAUGCUUGUUAUCGAACAACACUUAGUGCACAUUCUGAUUGGUGGUGUCUACGCCAGCCUCUUCAGUAUCCCCUACUUCUUUGAAUAUAUUAUGCCCGGUUUGCCACUCGCUGACGAUGCGGAUUCUCUGCUCUCCCUGCCACUCGCAUGGUGGACCAGGCAGAUGGUCCGGUUACUCGGCUUUCUUUUCCCGGCACCUUGCCUGAUGCUUGGUUGGCUAUCAUUUAAACAGGCAGUUCAUGCUGCUAGCAGUUCAUUGCCAUUCGGUCUCUCGCUGGUUGUCGGUGGAUUCGCCGUUUAUCAUGCCUUCUUGAUGGCCAAAAAUAUGACAACAACGGAACAUGUUCACCAACAUUCAUUCAAUCAGCAACCUAUGGUCCAAACAAUGACUAGGAGUACAGGAACAGUCUGUAGCAGGUUGUAUAAUUAA